GGCGGCGCGGCCAUGGCGGACCGGCUGACACAGCUGCAGGACGCCGUCAACUCGCUCGCGGACCAGUUCUGUAACGCCAUCGGAGUGCUGCAGCAGUGCGGCCCCCCGGCCUCCUUCAGCAACAUCCAGACGGCCAUAAACAAGGACCAGCCCGUGAACCCCACGGAAGAGUAUGCCCAGCUGUUCGCAGCCCUGAUCGCUCGCACUGCCAAGGAUAUCGAUGUUCUCAUAGAUUCCCUGCCCAGUGAAGAAUCCACAGCAGCUUUGCAGGCUGAGAGCCUGUACCGGCUGGAGGAGGAGAACCACGAGGCGGCGGCGCGGCUGGAGGAGGUCGUGUACCGCGGGGAUGUUCUGCUCGAGAAGAUCCAGAGCGCCCUGGCCGACAUCGCCCAGUCGCAGCUGAAGACUCGGAGCGGCACCCACAGCCAGCCCCUGCCCGACUCGUAGCGCCAGGGGGCAGCGCGGCCCUGCCCGAGAGCCUCGGGAACGCCUCUGGAUACUCCGGCAAUGGAUGCGCUGGCCCGGCCCUUCCCCGGGGCUGCCCCGCGCUCUGCUCCGCGUCGGGAGCGGCGCCUUUGGCAAAGCUCGGCUGCGGGUUUUGUGUGAGAAACGCUUCUACAAGGCUCUGUUCCGGAUCUGCGUGGAUUGAUUUGUGUUUCCUUGACUUAAAACGAGCUUUCUGCUCACAAAUACGACUUCAGUUGAAUUUGUUACAUAUUAGAAGUAUUUGUAUAAGUUAA